AUGCCUGCCCAGAAGAGAACCUCUACUGAUAUGAUGGAUCCUGCGAUCGUUACUGGCCCUGAUAAAGAGAAUCAGCCAGCGGCAGGAACAGCAUCACCGUCUGGAAAUACGCAGAAAAGCUGCGACGAGAUUCGGCAGGAUAUACGCGAUUUCAUCGCUUCAGGACAGAUGAACGCCAACGAGUUCCAGCGCGCAAUUGACGUGUCCCCGCGGUCACUUUCUGAGUUCCUGAGCCAGGAGGGCGUCAAGGGCGCCCGGUCGGCGACGUAUAAGAACGCCUUGAAGUUUUUUGACAGCCGGAGCGGAGGACCUGUCGUGCCUGCCCCGAAGAGGGCGAAGAAGAAUCAGCCAGCGAGUCCGGCUGCGGUUGAUCUUUCGGGUGUUCACUUGGAUGGAGAUGAGGAUGGGAGUGUGCAGGUCUUUGAGACGUGCGAUGUGGUGAGGAGGAAAAUCCGGGCGCAUUCGCGUAAGACCGGAGUGACGCAGGCGGGCUUCAUGAGAGAGGCUGCGAAGACGGCGUACCCGCAGGGUACGAAGAGGCUGAAUGCGAAUUCGUUCGGGGAGUUUCUCAAGAAGAAGGGCCCUACCGCUGGGAGCUCAGGGGCGGUAUUCUAUGCCUCGUAUGUGUAUUUUGAGAAGUUGAGGAUCAAAAAUGGAAAGCCGAAGGACGCCUUUAGACUUGAGAUGGAGAAGCUCUGGCCGAAUGGCUUCGAGCUUGAGAAUGUAGCUAACGGGAGGAUGUGGUGUGGUCCCAAUGUGAGACCCUGGGUUGACAUAUAUGGGAAGGUGCACUUUUCGUGACUGUGACUGACGGCUCGUUUGCGGUCCAUCUUGUUUGGAAUUGUGUGUU